AUGCAUUCCCAAAUUCUCAGUUUUGUACGAAUAUCUUUAUUUCCACUCGUGCGUCCCUCAGCAUUGUGCAGUCAGACGCUCUUGACGCGGAAAAUCCCACUUUACAGCUCAGUCUCUCAUAGUGUUUACAUACAAUACAACACUAUGCCUAAAAAGGACAAGACGAGCAAAAUCAACCCUAAACCACCGGAGACUCCACCCGGCCCGGUUACUAAAGUUAAAGACGGGACCAUUACAAUAGCAAUACAUGCUAAACCCGGGGCCAAACAGAACGCAAUCACCGAUGUGUCUGAGGAGGCGGUGGGUGUCGCCAUUGCCGCACCGCCGACAGACGGAGAGGCCAACGCUGAGCUGCUGCGAUAUUUAUCCAAAGUCCUGCAGCUGAAGAAGAGUGAAGUAUCAUUAGAUAAGGGUUCCAAAUCCAGAGAAAAAGUAAUAAAGGUGACCGCAGCUGUCAGCCAAGAAGAAAUCCUGAAGAAACUGAAGACAGAAGCGAGUGGUUGAUACUGUAAUAGACUCUUUUUUUUGAGCCACCUGUUCCAGGAUUUAAAAAAUAAAAAAAUUGUUCCAUUUUCUCCAUCUCACAAAUUGCAACUUAAAGGUAUAGUUCACCCAAAAAUUAAAAUACUGUCAUUAAUUACUCGCCCUCAUGUUGUUCCAAACCCUUAAAGGAACACUCCACUUUUUUUAAAAUUAGGAUCAUUGUCCAACUCCCCUAGAGUUAAACAGUUAAACAGUCCGGGUCUGGCGGUAGCACUUUUAGCAUAGAUCAUUGAAUCAGAUUAGACCGUUAGCAUCUCGCUCAAAAAUGACCAUAUAUAAUGAUGAUAUUUUUCCUAUUUAAAAUUUGACUCUUCUGUAGUUACAUUGUGUACAAAGAUAGACGAAAAAUGAAAAGUUGCGAUUUUCUAGGCUGAUAUGGCUAGGAACUAUACUCUCAUUCUGGCGUAAUAAUCAAGGAACUUUGCUGCCGUACCAUGGGUGCAGCAGGCGCAACGAUAUUACGCAGCCGUCAACUCUGCUGGCUGCAACUCUGCCGGUCACUUUCAGGCGCUGCGUA